AUGGACGGAGAUGUGGCCGUGGAGCCUGAGGUGGACUCCUUCAGUCUGAUGCUUCCACUCCCUUAUAGAGUCGCCAUCAUAAUAGUUCUCGGCAUAUGGGCUUGGGGACUGAACCUGCACUAUCUACACCUCAUCAAGAUUGACGUCCCAGCAUUGAUCCGUUACCCUCCUCGCCAAGUUGCGCAUCACCACUACUCGACCUAUCGACUAGCGACUGUCCUCAGUAUUCCGCUCGUUUCCUCCAUCCUCUUGUACUGGGCUAUCACUCGGGGCGACAAGCAUGCGGUCCUUCACUGGCAGAUCCUUCCCCAGUCCUAUCUUCUCCUCCUGGCCGUCUGUUUCCUCGUGCCGCUGAGACGCAUGUCGCUUUCAGGCCGGCAACGCUUCUUGAGCAUAUUGAAGAGAAUCAGCCUCGGCGGAUUGGCGGAAGUACAAGAUGGAAAGUUUGGGGAUAUCCUGCUGGCAGACGUCCUCACGAGUUAUGCAAAGGUGAUGGGGGACUUGUUCGUUUCAACAUGCAUGCUGUUCGAUACCAAGACCACUAGCACGGCGAAACCCAACCGAGCGUGUGGCGGGGUGUUCUUGGUGCCCUUGAUCAUUGCAAUACCCAGUAUGAUCCGGCUUCGACAGUGUCUGAUCGAAUAUUUCCGGGUGCGGAAGCAUCCAACGACGGCCUCGGGCUGGGGCGGGCAACAUCUCGCCAAUGCCCUCAAAUACUCAAGUGCAUUCCCGGUCAUCAUUCUGAGUGCUUUGCAGCGAGGCUACGAUCCAACCAUCUUCCACAUGAGUGAGGCAGGUCUGUUUAGACUAUGGCUAUUGUUUGUGUUUAUCAAUUCGUUCUAUUCGUUUUACUGGGACGUGGCAAAGGACUGGGACCUGUCGCUUUUCUCGUCGGCUCGAGAGAGAAAUGACCCCGAACACCCGUGGGGUCUGCGCCGUUACCGCUACUUCCACGCCAAGGAGCUGUACUAUAUUGCCAUCGUGAUAGACUUUCUGCUACGGUGUACCUGGAGUUUCAAGCUCUCUCCACAUUUAGAUCACUUCAAUGAUCUCGAGGGUGGGAUUUUUCUGAUGGAGUUGCUGGAAGUUGUGAGACGUUGGAUGUGGAUUUUCAUCCGAGUCGAGACAGAGUGGGUGAGGAACAACAAGGGGCCUAUCCCCGAUGAUAUUCUCCUGGGAGAGUUUGGGGGCAAGAUAGAUGAAGAUUGA